AUGGAAUUUGAGGGUGAAGAGCUGGAGCAGAAUUUGAUGGUGCUAAGAGCUGAGGUUGAGGCACUAAGGUGCCCGACAAAAUAUGAAGAAGUUAGUGCAGCCUUGAAAAUGACAAUGAAAGAUUGGCAGAAAGUGGAGAGCAACAGGGCUUUGGGGUACACCAGGAAUUCAAUUCAAACAGCACAGCAAAACAUGAAGGCUGCAUGCGACUGUGAAAGGGAAUGUAUCACUGUGAAAAAAUCCAAUGACCCACAAGUAUUGAUGAUGUGGAACUGGGUGGCACAGGCCCCAAAGGCUCACACAAAGCCUACUGUCAAGAAAUGGCCACAUACACACUCUGAGUCAGCUGGAAACCCUGCUCCUCAUGAAAGCCUGGCUCACAUAUUUGGCUACCUCUCUGAUCUCUCCAUGGAUACUGAAGACAAGGAAGAUACCACUGAGUCCACUGAGUCAUUUUCACACCAUCCCAUGGUGCCACCACUGAAAUGUUGA